AUGGCUACACCCUUUGCCAAUCGUCUUCUGGCCACCCGGCCGAUCGUCUUUGGUUUCGUCAAAUUGCUUCUUCUUGCCUUCUCGCAUCUCCCUGUUGUCGCUGCCGUUCCUGCGCGCUAUACGAUCCGCUCCGAACUCGAUCCGAAGCCCCCAGGGGACCCGAGCCUAUGGUUGUAUCUCGGGGUUGCCGCCGCCCUCGUCCUGAGUGGCGGCGCAUUCGCCGGCCUCACCAUCGCUUUGAUGGGCCAGGAUGAGGUCUAUCUUCAAGUCAUCCAAACCUCCGGUGAAGCCUCCGAACGCAAAAACGCCGCCAGUGUCUUGAAACUCCUCAAACGGGGAAAGCAUUGGGUCCUGGUGACUCUCCUCCUCAGCAAUGUCAUUACCAACGAAACCCUCCCCAUCGUCCUCGAUCGCUCGCUAGGAGGAGGAUGGCCCGCGGUACUGGGCAGUACCGUCUUGAUUGUUAUCUUCGGUGAAAUUGUCCCCCAGUCUAUCUGCGUUCGCUACGGCCUCCCCAUUGGAGCUUGGAUGGCUCCCUGCGUCCUCACCCUCAUGUACAUCAUGUCCCCUGUCGCGUGGCCCAUUGCCAAGCUCCUCGAUAAGCUCCUCGGCGAAGACCACGGCACCAUCUACAAGAAGGCCGGACUCAAGACAUUAGUGACCCUGCACAAGACCCUCGGAGAGGCCGGGGAGCAGCUCAACUCUGAUGAAGUCACCAUCAUUAGCGCCGUCUUGGAUCUCAAGGAGAAGGCGGUUGGCAGUAUCAUGACUCCCAUGGAGGAUGUGUUCACCAUGUCCGCAGACCAGGUGCUGGAUGAGGAGACCAUGGAUAUGAUUCUUUCUCAGGGGUACUCGCGGAUCCCCAUCCAUGCGCCCGACAAUCCCCUCAACUUUGUCGGCAUGCUCUUGGUCAAGAUGUUAAUUACUUACGACCCGGAGGAUUGCAAGCGCGUCCGCGACUUCGCUCUGGCGACUUUGCCGGAGACUCGCCCAGAGACAAGCUGUCUGGACAUUGUCAAUUUCUUCCAAGAAGGCAAAUCCCACAUGGUCUUGGUCUCCGAGUACCCGAGUGAAGAUCGCGGUGCUCUUGGUGUUGUCACUCUGGAAGACGUGAUUGAGGAAUUGAUCGGCGAGGAAAUCAUUGACGAGUCCGAUGUUUUUGUUGACGUGCACAAGGCCAUCCGGCGCAUGACACCCGCCCCCCGGGCUCGCGUUCCGAAGGGCAAGAUUGUAGAGGAGCCCCCCAUGCUCCCGCCGCAAACUCAGGGAAAACUAGUUGACGUGGAUGGUGACACUGAUCACGCGUCGAGUGACCGCCGUCGGAGCUCGGUGGAAGCGCCCCUGCCCAGAUUCCAGAUCCGCAAGCAAAUGUCGGACAAGAAUUCCGACUCCGUUGAAGGCUGGUUUACCCAGCGUGGAGCGACAGACGAGAUUCGCGAACAUCUCAAGCACCUCGGACCAUCUAACCUAGCCAGCCGCCCCCGUCAGACACGCUACCAAAGCGUGAAGAUCAAACGAGCCAAUGCCGCCUCUCCCACCCGAUCUACCCAGACUGAUAUGGACUCCGGCCAGAGUACUUCUGAUUCCCAUCUCCUAUCUAGUAAUUCCACGGGCUUAACAGGGGGCAUCGGUGCGGGGCUGGUUCAUUCGGGCAUGGACGCUCGGGAUGGAGCCUACGCCUUGCGGAUGGGGUACGGCAGCACCGGCACACACAAGGUCACCGAUACCGGGAUACAGACCAAAGACCUUCCUACCCUGUCCAUCCCGGAGGCCGUCCAUGAAGAGCAGGAUGAGCACCCUGCCAUUCCGAGUGCUGCCGUCAGCGAAGAGUCGACCGAAUCCCCGGCCUUGAAUGUGGACCGUCCCAAAACUGGAAGCAGUUACCAACAUCAAGGUCCCGCGCGCAGCGGGAGUAUCACGGAACAAGUGAUAGAUGUCAAUGGAAUCCGAAAGGUCGUCCUCCACACCACGAGUACAAGCUCCUCAGAGAGCUCCUCCAAGCAUAAGUUCCCGGUCCGUCAAAAUGGGGAGGUGUUGGACCUGGAUGAUAAUACCAAGCCGAGCACAAACGGAGCGAAGAAACGACGUCGUCGCCGCAAGCGUGGGAACAACUCCAAGCCCGAUGAUCACGGCGACGAACAGUCCCCUCUACUGGGAGAUAGAUAA